AGAGAAGCGCACACACCACUAUAUAGGACGUUGGUUUCUUUAUUCUUUUUUUUAAUUUAAAAAAAAAAUUUUUACAGGUAAUACCAUCAGUGCAGAUGCAAGUGGUGCAGAGCAGAUGUAAACACUCUCCAGCCGAGAUCUUGAGAACAGAAAGAAUUAUACUGGAUAAGCUUCAGUGGGAUCUUUACACAGCAACACCAUUGGAUUUCUUAAGCAUUUUCCAUGCCAUGAUGAUGUCCAGCUGGCCCCAUCUCCCACCCACACUGCCUCAGAGGAAUCCUUCCCUCCAUGUUGCACUCUUGACCAAGCAGCUGCAGCACUGUAUGGCCUGCCACCAACUUGUGCAGUUUAAGGGCUCCACGUUGGCUUUUGUGAUCAUCACCUUGGAGCUGGAGAGGCAGACUCCUGGUUGGUUUCCUGCUAUUACUGAUCUGCUAAAAAAAGCACAGGUAAACAGCCCUGAUUUCAUCCACUGCAAAGAGCUUGUGGAUCAAGAGUUAUUGUGUUUGCAGCCACUCAAUGCUGUUUGUAUUUUCUGUCCCAUCAGUCAAGCUGUGCAGGGCCAUCCCAAGGCAAGGCUACCCUGCUUACAUCACCCUUUUGAAUGGAAGAGUUCCUAUCAAGGGAAGUUUCACACCUGUUUCAGCACCUUUCACACUACAGCCCAAACUCCUGAUGAAACUGAAGAAUGCUGUGAUGGAUUCAGACAUCUGAACAGUGAGGAUGGGGAAAUGAGUACUAGUAGGAUGAACUCAGGAGGCUUGUGUCCUCAACUGAGCUGCCCCUGUCCUCCCUUACAGUCACCUGAGAAGGACUAGGGGAGAAUUAUUGCCUUGGAUGCAGCACCUGCAGAACCAGCAGGUCCUAGCAAACAGAAUGGCCAGAACAACAGAGCAAAAGUGUCACUGUGCUUCUCAGAGGAUAAAGACAAUUGUAUUAUCAGUCUUAAUUUUUAUGUCCUUCCUAACCAAUUUGUACUACCCCUCAGUUUUAAGAUUAUGUAAAGACAGAAAGCUGGGGAUGACUCAGUCACAGUCCUUCAAGCCAGGGAUCCAGUUGGCAGGCAGCUACAAACUUCAUGGAGAACCAAAUGCCUCAGAGUUUAUUUUUAUAAUAGCCAUGAUGAAGUUUGACAGAUUGAGCCUUUCAUUCAGCUCAUACUAUUGUUCUCUCAUUAGGGCUAAUCUGGCUUGGCCCAUGGGAGCCUGAACCCGAGGUGCUGUCGAGGAAUGGGCAGCCCCCACUGCUGUCUCUGCAAGAGUUCUCAGAUAGAACCAAGGUUUUGAUUCAGCAGGGGGUAACUUGAAUCAAACUUCUAGUUUUCCUUAAGGCCUUACCUUGUAAUCCAGGGGUCUGGCAUAUGUGCUUUGUCCUGGUUAAACCAUUACAGACUCUAUCACAGUUCCUAUGAAAUUUGGGAAAUAAUUUCUUGUCUACAAUCACCAUUGCCUUGGGCUCUCACCAAUCAGUAUGUGCCGAUCAGGGUUUUUAAAAUCUAUUCUGUUUUACCAGACUAGACAAUAUAAAAUGCUUUAAUAAUUCCUCUCCACCACUACAACCACACUAUUUCUUACAAAUUGCUAAUCUUCAUAGCAAAGUGGUUUCACAAAGGUCAGAUUAAACCACUCUCACACUUUCAAAAACCAGCUUCACACACCCUUUUAAAAUUAGUGGAGGUUUUGUUUUAAACAAUAGGCGUUUUUAGGUGACUGUUACCCUAGCUUGAGGGUAUAAUCUGGCCAGUAUGGGAUGGGUAACAGCACCAUACCUGCCAUCCUGUCACGGAACAGGAGGGGGUUUCAUAUGGACUGGCACAGGCUAAAUACUGAGCAGGUGUCUCAUGUAUGACAUGGAAUAAAUAACUUCGAGACAGAGACAGGACAGGAGCACCCUCAUGCUGUGUAACAGCAGAGCUCAUCAGUACAAGAAGAAAGUUUCUGGCCUUCUCCCCUUCCUCAUUGUCUUAUCUUGUAGGAGAGGAAUUCCUGAACACCAACCAUUCAGGACUGAUGUGCUGAACAGCUGUUCAGGCUUUUUCAAGUGUUAAAUUUGCCAGAGUGAGCUCUGUGUGUGCAGGAAGAAAGUCAUCCUGCUCUUUAAAUCACCAAGGAAGUGCCCAAGUGUUCCAGUAACAUCCAGUAAUGGAGACUUAGUGCAAAUAACUGUGAACAGACAUGACUUGAACCAGCAGUGAAAGCCAUGGAAUUCCCAUGAGCCAAGUCAAAGCUACCUCAAGCUGUGGAUGCUAUGCCAGCGGCGGGGGCUCUGCCCAGGCCUGGGAUGCUGCAGGAGCAGGAUUCAGGGGGCUGGUUUAGACUUCACGAGGUUUGUGAGGUCCCCACUUACUCGGGGGUCAUGCAGCAGCGUGCUUGGCACAUGGUAUUUAUUUAUGUUACCACUGGGAAGGUUUUCAUUUAAUGGUAGGGCUCUUCUCUCCUCUGGAGCAGUACCUUGCUUUUUUCUCACAAGCCUUUAGAAGGAGGCAAGUUGUCUUUUAUGUUUCCACUAAAUAAAACAAGCCUGUUCUCUGUGGUCCUGGAAUAGCCCAGCUGAAAGGUGAUGCCCACACUGAUCCCUGCAGAAAACUAGGCUAUGUGAUAGGCUCUGCUUCCCUCCCAUCCCUUUGCCCUAUCUCAGGUAUUAUCACCAGCUGUGUUUACCCGUGGAAAUGCCAGCAGCAAAGUUCUACAGACAGUAGAACUGUUACAGAAGAUGCUGUAACUUUACACCACAACAAUUGUACCCUCGUGUUUUCUCCCCACAGCUUUCAGCCUACAUAUAUAGUUCUUGCCUACAGCUGGUGUUAAAACCCAUGAACAAACUUGCUUUUCAAAACCUCUGCAGAUUUCUACAAUCAACUUUCAAAAGUUUACAGUAACAGAGGUUAAUUCUAAAAGAUAAAGGGAGUGCUGGAAGGCCCUUCAGCCUUUGUGUUCCCACCCAGUCAGGAUGCAAGAUGCCACACUGGGAUGGGAUCAGUUCACCUGGAGCCUACCUGCACUCCCAGGACGUAUUGCUGCUUCUCUCUGGCAGCACAGCUCCCUCCCACACACCUAUUCCAGCACUGUAGUUAACAUGAAGGAACAAAUACUUCUCUCUUGGCUUCAACAGGCUAAAAAUGUCACUUAUAUUUGCAUUCCUGCCAUUGCUCAGAAUGGAGCUUCCUAUCCCAAAAAGAAUGAGUUGCCAGGUACAGGAAGGAGCUGCUCUUGCACAGGAGCACUGUGCAGGAAGGAGCUUUUUGAAUAGUGAGAAUAGGACCAAUCCUUUUUUUCUCACAGAACAGGGUCAGAGGCUUUAAUACCUUUCCCCUCCCUGCCUGGACAAGUAAUGAGUGACAAGAUAAACACUUCCCACACACAGCAGUGACAGGAACAAUUAUUUUGCCCAGUGAGUUUCAGAGAGGAUGACAUCUCACCUGUGUACCUGCCUGUUUGGACUGUGUGUACAACAUGAGCUUAUUCCAACUUCAGCUCAACUCACCACUGCAAAUCCCAUUUGCUACACACCAGUUACUGGUGAAAAUGUGCCAGAUUCAGUGAGUGCUGGCACAGGUCUGAUGUAGUUAUGGCUAGUUCUGUGAGGAUUGUUGUUUUGGGGAAUAUUCACUCCCAUAAAAACUAUGGAGUAUGCUUAUAGGGUAUUUUCAAAGAGGUCUGACUUGGUAAGGUCCUUUCCCUUGGGGAAACUUGGCCCAGGUGAGGUAUACCUCUCAAACCCAGAUUCCUCUUGUUGCCUCAAUUCAGGCCAGAUUUCCAGAUGCCUGAAGUGACCACCACCUUGUAAACAAAGCUGCAAUUACACCUGAAAUCCCCUAUGGUAAGCACAGAACUGUUUUCUGUGGCUGUUUUAAAACACCUACAUACACAACAACGCAUUUCAGAUCCACCACAAUGACCCCCACUCAUAAGCCCCAGCUAAAGGAAUCAUGUCACAGCGCAUGCAGUCGCCCAGGAACCAUUACAGGUGAGCAGGGAGCUGCCCUAUUUCAAGACAGCACGCACGGGGGUGUUUCUGACAAUGAACCAGACUCAGUGUCACUAACUGAGGAGGGUGUGUGAUGACCUAGGAGAAGAGUUGAUUUACACAGUUGAACAAAUACAGAAAACUCCCGUGGUCAGAGAAUUGACCAACAGACAAGAAAACUGCAAAGGGAAUAGGAAUGCAAUAGUUAUACCUCAUUUGUGGAGUUUAAUCUAUACAGUUAUUGGGUUUUUUCUCCUGCUAAUUGACUUUAGUAUAUUAAAUUCAAUUUGAACAAUACUUACAGUUCAAUUCUUUAAGAAGGCAGAAAAGUGCAAUGAGAUGGAGAGAUGCAUUAACUUCUGGCAGGUCUCAGAGCCCCCUCCCAUUCCUCCUCAGCAAGAUGUGCAACUAGAAUCCCCCAUGUGAUCUAACUAUGGUCAUAACAAACAGAACUUUAUCAAAUCUUUCGAGAAAUUUGGAAAAAGAACAAAAAGUUUCUAGUCCCAAUUCACCUAUUCUGCCAGGAAUCUAAUUUGACAAACACUCCAAGCUGGAUGAAAGCCUUGCCAAAGGAAUUAGAGUGGGUGGCCUCAAAAGAGAACACAAGCAAGUUCAAAACAGUCAUCAAAGCAGCAGCAAAGGCUGCAUCAUAGCUCAGCCUGAUGGUCACACACAGCUUCAGCUUUCUCACAUUCCAUGCAGGGUACCACACACAUGAAGACAGACAGAGCCCUCCUAAGCAGAGUUCUAGCUCUGAAUCUGUGUCAGAUCCUGGUGCUUCCCAGCUGGUCUCACUUCCCAACAGAAGUGGUGCAUCCCUCCCCACUGUGGCAGCAGGGACAGGCAGGGAUGAAGAACAUGGGGUGAAUAUGUUUGUCAUGGGGUUUCAUCCCUAAUGCCUGCAAGUGGCAGGAGUCUCUACAGCUUCUCCAUGUGUCCAGUUUAGUCCUUUUCUGGCCACAUGCUUUUUACAGCUGCAGUCUGUUUCCUAGUUCUAAUUUAGGCUAAGGGCAUCCAGAGGGUUUAGAGACUGUCACUUAUCACAUACCCUAGAGACAGGUACUCAGUGCCUGGGCCAGUCAGUACCUCUGCACCAACCUCGCUGUCUCUUGGGGCAUUACAGAGACACAAUGUCUUCUGUGGGAUCCUUGGAGAGCUCCUGUCACAUAUACCCACAUCCCCUGUUCCCAGCCUUUGUCCCACUUCGGUCACACCGCCCAGCAUGAGGUAGGGGCACGGGUGAGACCUCAAACCUCCUGCCAAAGACUGGCUUUUAGUCACUCCUACCCUCCCAGCCUCAGGGCAGUGGGGAAAGCAGCAGUCGGGAAAAAGGGAGGGAGACUGGGGACAGCAGCUGCUAAGACAUAGGGGUACACAGGGGACAUCACACUUUAAUAACAGGGUUAAUGAGAGGAAACUGGGAUCACAGAGGCUUGCACAUUUGGACAGAGGACAUUGUUCUGGUUAUACCUGGUGUACAAACCGUGGUUUUAACAGAUGUUUGUUAAACAAGUCAGUUUUGUUUUUAUUAAACCCAGCUUUGGUACAGGUCAUUCCUGAGAUUCAUUUACAAAGUUGUUUAAAACAAAGAUAAAGUCUUUAAACAAAGAUAAUAAAAGGGAGCCUCUCCCUGUUCCUGUGUGAAGUUACUGGGGCACAGACAACACACUUUUUUUUCCCCCUUUCCUUUUUUAAAAAAAGUAUUUGUGUAAGGGGAAGUCAGUCUGUUACAAACACAGAACUUACACCAGGAACACUGAAUCUCCAGCUUUAAACCAUUUCACCUCCAUUAAUAAAUAACUCUUAGUUGUGCUUUAAAAUGGUUCCCUUGUCAUCCCUCACAUCCCAGCAGGACAAGCAGAACCCAGGGGUUACCAAGCCCCAAGCAGCAGGUGGGAGGUGGGCAGGGAGCUCUGGGGAAGAGAUUAUGGUGUGAGGCAUGACAUGCAGCCCUCAGAAAACUAAGGAAACGAAGGUUGGAGCAUUUUGGUGAUAAAACCUGUAAGUACACAGAAGCAAGCUGCAC